AUGAAGGAGAGAGACAGAAAUGAUGGAGGUGUGCAGAUUCAGCUUGUCGAUGUAAGAGGAUCUUCUGCUGCAUCUUAUAUUGAUGCAAGAUUAAACUUUGCAUUGGAAGAAGGAUUUGAGGAAAUUGGGAAAGAAAUGGUGCAGAAAUGUGGGUAUUUGCCAUUGGCAAUUUGUUUACUCGGUGGGGUUUUGAGAGAGAAAAAAUCGAUUGUUGAGUGGGAAUCAGUAAAUGAGCACAUCAAAGCAGCCAUAUAUGGAGUUGAAGAGCGGAUUGAUGGAGUGCUGAAUUUAAGCUAUGAAAGUUUACCUUAUUAUUUGAAGCCUUGCUUUCUCUAUAUGGGUAUCUUAAACGAGGAUGAAACCAUAGGUGCUUUGGAACUAUAUACCAUGUGGAUAGCACAAGGCAUGAUUUCAUAUGAGAAUAUUGGAGACAAGGAGGACACUUUAAUUGACAUCGCUGAGCUUUACUUAAGUGAGUUGGCCUCCAGGUCCAUUGUUCAAGUUGGAAUUAAUCUUGAUUAUGAUGUAGCAAGUAGAAAUUUAAAGUAUAAUGCAUGCAAACUUCAUGAUGUAGUGCGAGAACUAUGUUUGAAACUUGGAAAGAGAGAGGAUUUUGGUGCGCUGAGUUUGAAGUAUGAAGGCGGGAAACUUAGUACCUUACCACGGGAAGCUUCCUCGCAUAUGAAAAUACAACAUUUGGCUAUUCAUUUCAGGAGUGAAGUUGAACAUGAGCCUGCAGUCGCUUGUGGAGAAGAUACUAGCAAGCAUAUAAGGUCUCUUCGAUUAACCAAUCUCAUAAAGUCGAAUGUUUUUCUGUUUCCUCCACAAAGUAUGGUUGAUCUUCAAAAAUUCAAAUUGUUGAGAGACCUAGUUUUUGUGAGAUUCAAAUUUGCAGGAAGAAAGUUACCAAGAGGAAUCACUAAUCUUGUUCACCUUAGAAAUUUGCGUUUAGAAGAAUGUGAACUUGAUAAGCUACCAUCAUCCAUCAGGAAUUUAGUAUACUUGGAUACCCUUGAUUUACGGCUAUCAAAGGAUGUUGAAGUUCCAAAUGUUUUUAAAGAGAUGUUGCGAUUAAAACACUUGAUUCUUCCUUUUUAUGACUUUGAAAACUUUGGCAAUUAUCGAGUAAGAUUGGAUGAGGGAGUAAAUGAGUUGGAGACUCUACUAUGGCUUGAUAGUAGAUGUCAUGAACUUGAAUGUUUGUACUGUUUUCAUUCUUCGAAGUUGCGACUUAACAAGUGA